AUGUUUAAACCUUUCGAGAAUAAUUUUCAUCUGAAAGAUCCUCAUCAUCAUCGGAAUAGUGGAUCAACCAGCAUAUCAACAGGUAUAAUAGCAGGUAACUCUUCAGACUGGAAAGACUCUUCAGACGCAUCAGAGGACUCUUCAAGAGGCACAUCAGAUAGCAGAUCAUCAUCAGCUAUCAGUUCAUCAGAUAGCGGUUUAUCAGAUAGUUCAUAA